CUCUCUCUCUUAUACCCAACGCAGCGGAGGUAGUAAGCAGUUAGGAUUCUUUCUUUCUCCUCUAAAGAGCUGGUUGGCAGAUUGAAAGAUGAUUGUUUUGUUUGAGACUCCGGCGGGCUUUGCCCUUUUUAAAGUUUUGGAUGAAGGGAAACUAUCUAGAGUUGAGGACUUGCAGAGAGAUUUCUUGGAUGCAGAGUCGGCAAGAAGGAUGGUGAAGUUGAAAGCCUUUUCCAAGUUUGAAAACACAGCAGAAGGUUUGGAAGCAAUUACAAAACUGAUUGAAGGCACUCCCAGCAAAGGUCUGCGCAAAUUCUUGAAAGCUCAUUGUGAAGGUGAAACAUUGGGAGUGGCUGAUUCAAAGCUUGGAAAUGCCAUUAAGGAGAAAUUGAAAAUAGAAUGUGUUCACAGUAAUGCUGUAAUGGAGUUGUUAAGAGGUGUGAGGAGUCAGUUGACUGAACUCAUUUCUGGCUUAGGAGUUCAGGAUUUGGCGCCAAUGAGCUUGGGUUUAUCUCAUAGCUUAUCUAGAUACAAGCUGAAGUUCAGUGCUGAUAAGGUAGAUACGAUGAUUGUUCAGGCCAUUGGCUUGCUCGAUGAUCUUGAUAAAGAGCUCAACACAUAUGCAAUGAGAGUUCGUGAAUGGUAUGGUUGGCAUUUUCCUGAGCUUGCAAAGAUUGUACAGGAUAACAUCCUUUAUGCUAAGACAGUGAAGCUAAUGGGUGAGCGUGCAAAUGCUGCCAAGCUUGACUUCUCAGGGGUAUUACCAGAAGAAGUUGAAACAGAAUUGAAGGAGGCAUCAGUCAUAUCUAUGGGAACUGAAGUUAGUGACCUUGAUCUGAUAAAUAUCAAAGAACUCUGUGACCAGGUUCUGUCUCUUGCUGAAUAUAGGGCCCAAUUAUAUGAUUAUUUGAAAAGCAGGAUGAACACAGUUGCACCAAAUUUGACUGCUCUGGUCGGAGAGCUUGUUGGUGCACGCCUCAUUGCUCAUGGAGGUAGCUUGUUGAAUCUUGCAAAACAGCCUGGGAGCACCGUUCAGAUUCUUGGUGCAGAGAAGGCUCUAUUUAGAGCUCUUAAGACAAAGCAUGCAACUCCUAAAUAUGGUCUUAUCUACCAUGCAUCUGUGGUUGGUCAGGCAGCACCCAAGCACAAGGGCAAGAUUUCUAGAUCACUGGCUGCAAAGGCUGCUUUAGCAAUUCGUUGUGAUGCUCUUGGAGAUUCUCAAGAUAACUCUAUGGGACUUGAGAACCGAGCCAAGCUUGAAGCACGACUGAGGAAUCUUGAAGGCAAAGAAUUGGGACGUUCUGCUGGCUCAGCUAAAGGCAAGCCUAAGAUAGAGGUCUAUGAUAAGGAUCGAAAGAAGGGAACUGGAGGGUUGAUAACUGCAGCGAAGACUUAUAAUCCUGCAGCAGAUUCUGUUCUUGCACAAACAGUAGAGCAAAAGAAGGCUGAGGCAAAACCUCAGAAAAUGGAAAUAGAGGCUCCUGUUACUGUUGAAGAGAAGAAAGAGAAGAAGAAAAAGAAGAAGAAAACUGAUUCAGAGGCUGAUGGAGAGGAAGAAGAAAUUAAAGAGUCAGCAGAAAUAGAAAAGAAGAGUAAGAAAGAGAAGAAAAAGAAGGAAAAGAAACAUGUUGCUGAGGAUGAUACACAAGAAGAUGGGGAGAAAAAGAAGAAGAAGAAGAGAAAGCAUGAGGAGCAAGACGAAGAAGAAACUGAAAUGCAGGACAAGAAGAAAGAGAAGAAGAAGAAGAAGGGGGGUCAGGAUUGACAAAAUUAAUUAUGGGAGAUUUCUGUAACCUUCUGUGGAACAAUUUUGGGUAAUAUACGUGAGGAGUCAGUUCUUCAACAUGUAAAAUGUGGUGGUUAUCUAUUUAGCUUCUUACUAGUGUGAUCUCUUUACUCAUCCUCUUGUAUUUUUCAUUUCCUUGCGAAUGGAUGACUAUGAGUCUGUUUAGCCUUUGCUUCAAAUGUCACUCUUUGCUAAGUUCAGAAUUCUUGAAUUGCAGCUGAUUAUGUUUAUUCUUUUUAGCAAAGAAUUUAGUAGAACUCUCUGCUUUUUGGUCUUGUGAUUUGGACCAGAACCUUCCCCUAGAGAUCCUUCAGCUGGAAUAAAUUGUUGGAUUUGUC